UUCAGGCCGAGCUGGCUAAGAUAGCACCAGAUCCUUCGGUUUUGAAACUCGAAGGACGGAGUACCUGUGGACUCCUCGACGGCGCCUCUCCUUCGCGCCCCUUCGUCAUGAAUUUCGGGUCGUGCACGUGACCGACUUUCAUGGCCAGCUUGGAGCGGUUCCAUGAGAUGACUGAGGACUACUCCGAGCUGGCAGACUUCGCCCUCGUGUACAUCGCGGAGGCGCAUCCCAUUGAUGGCUAUUUUCUCAAAGACAACUUGCAGAUUCCGAGCCAUAAGACGCUGGAGGAGCGUUACAAGGCGGCGCAGCUGAUGUUGGACCAGCAGCCGCAGUCCUGCCCGGUGCUGGUGGACAGGCUGAACGACGAGGCAAACAGGGCAUAUGCGGCGAGUCCGGGGCGCUUGUACAUCGUGUUCGAAGGCACUGUGGUUUACAAGGGGGGGCAGGGGCCGCUGGGUUAUAAGGUAAACGAGGUGGAGGCUUGGCUGGAGGCGUUCAGGCAACACAAGCAGGUCAUGACAAUAUCAACGGUACAGAACGUAGAAGCCAGACACGACCUUCCGAACCCAGCUUAACGAAUUUCCACAGAGCACAAGCUAGAAGUCCCAACGAAAUGCUGUUUCUACAAAUGCACCUAAUGUAUUGACUCCCCCCCCCCCCCCCUCCCCUUCUUGGUCUGUUAUUGUAUGUCGGAUAGCUGUAAGGUUGUAGAAUUAAUUGUAGUAUUUUUUUUUCGAGGACUUCGUGCGCUUCUUAUGAUUACAUAAAGCUGAAUAAAAAGGCAGUGUUUGUAAGACAACUGCAAAAAAAAGCUAAAGCGCAAAUAUACAUACAUAAACGUACGCAUACAUACAUCUGUAUUUGACUAUCUAUCUAUCUAUCUAUCCACACACACACUCGCACGCACAUACGCAUACACACAAACACACACACACACGCAAAUAUAUAUAUAUAUAUAUAUAUAUAUAUAUAUAUAUAUAUGUAUAUAUAUACACACACAUACACAUACAGGGAAGAGGGAUAGGAAGAAAUUUUAAAAAAUUGAGAAGACACUCCGGCUUUGAUCAAGCUGCUGUCAUAUCUCUCCCUCAAUUCUUGAAAUAAAAUUUGCAGUGGGUUUACAACUGCUGGACAGAACUAAUACUCAUCUAAACGGAUUAACGAUAAAGUGAAACCUUACAUAACUUUAGCACAACAGCGCAAUAAUAUUGAUCUAAAUAGUCAACAACGUAUUCGGUAAAUAAUGUGUCAGUCACGUUUGUCAUUGCAGUCCUCUAAUACAAGUACAUAAUAUGUGAUUAACUGAUAUGUUUACUCGAACUACUUUCAUAAUUAUAGGAAUGCUUAGAUACAUACAUACUUGUGUACAUUUAUUCAGCAUACGUCAUUCCACAGCUGAUGAAUGAAUGAAUGUGUGUAUACAUAGUCUGUAUUCAUCUGCAUAUAUAUAUAUAUAUAUAUAUAUAUAUAUAUAUAUAUAUAUACACACACACACACAUACACACACAGUAGAUUCAUAAUGCAUAUAUACAUACACACGUGCACAUACGUACAUACAUCUAUUUAUGUAUGCAGAUAUGUUCAGUAUAGUUGUAUAAUAUGCUAAAAGUAGUGAUCACAACAUUAUUUCAAAGUAGAUUGUUUUACGUCGAACUGAAAACAAAACGAAACAUAAUCAAGUAAUUCUGUCGACUUUACUAUUUACUUACACAUUAUAUUUAAGUAGAUUGUUAUUCAAGUAUUUGUGUCGAAUCGAUAAAAAAACAUGAUCAAUUCUUUCUCUCGACUUUUUACCCAAUUUAGCCAGUGAAUGAAACCCAAGUUGAAAAGCUGAGUUAAAAGGUCCAACUUGGCGUGGAAGCAGAGACUGACUUGGGUGUAAUUAUCGAGAGACGGUAUUAAUACAGUUGAAACUGCCAGUAAUCUUGUGUUUAUUCGUUCUUUUUUGCACGACAAUGCCCUUUCCUGAGGGUUUGGGUUAAUUUGCCCCAAUUUAGUUGUUAUUUCGAAAUGGGGUUCACUUUUGUGAUUACAGAACUGAUUGCUGAUUGAAUUUGAAAAUUACCAGAGGUGUUUUAGCAACGCAUGUGAUUAUGAUUAUUGCUUGUCAAGGAUCAAGGUUGGCAUUUUGUUUUUCAUGUCAUUUUAAUACUGUGAAAAGUAGUGAUGUACAUUUACCAGAAAGUAAUAAAUAUAUACAGCA